AUGUCUUUCAUUUCAUCCACCUCAAGCUCUAGUUCUUCUGAUUUCUCAAAUAACGUUGAAUUUGAUCGGUUAGUUGAUGAUUAUGCUGCUAACCACCUACCUCAUAUUUUAAUUCCCCAACACUCAUCACAAGAAUCCCAGCUUAAUAAUGAAAUAACAAAUGUCCCGGAGCCUAAAAUGGAUAGGGAAAGAGAAAAAGGGCAUGUGCAACUAUAUAACGAUUACUUUGCGAGUAAUGCAGUGUAUAACGACAACCAAUUCCGUCGUAGAUUUCGUAUGAGAAGAUCUUUGUUCUGUCGCAUUAUGAAUAAGGUGGUUGAAGGGGAUCAAUUCUUCCAACAACGUCAGAAUGCAGCUGGAAAGCUUGGUUUAUCACCGUUGCAGAAAUGCACCGCUGCAAUAAGAAUGUUAGCGUAUGGCGUAGCCCCCGAUGUCGUGGAUGAAUAUCUACGUAUCGGCCAAACAACCUCAAGGAAUGCAUUACAACAUUUUUGUCAGGGGGUUAUUUCACAAUUUGAAAGUGAAUAUCUACGUAAACCUACAGAUGAAGAUUUAAGGAGAAUCCUUCAUCAAAAUGAAUUGCGUGGGUUUCCAGGCAUGAUUGGUAGUAUAGACUGCAUGCAUUGGGAGUGGAAGAAUUGUCCUACGGCUUGGAAAGCACAAUAUGCUGGUCGUAGCAAGACUGUAACCCUCAUUCUUGAAGCCGUUGCUGGUCAGGAUUUAUGGAUUUGGCAUGCGUUCUUUGGAAUGCCUGGCUCAUGUAAUGAUCUUAAUGUCCUUUACCGUUCACCGGUGUUUGAUGAUGUUUUACAAGGCCGUGCACCACCAAUAAAUUUUUGGGUAAACGGACAUCAAUAUGAGUUGGCCUACUACUUGGCAGAUGGGAUUUAUCCAAAAUGGCUAACUUUUAUACAAGGUAUUACACAUCCUCAAGUUCAAAAAGACAAGUUGUUUGCUGAUCAACAAGCAGCAGUUCGGAAAGACGUUGAACGGGCUUUCGGUGUUUUACAAGCUAGGUUUGCUAUACUACGAUAA